AUGUACAACACAUAUGCUACGCAAUCCGGGUUUUCUACUCGUAUCGGUACAUCGAAAAACAAAAAGUAUCAUGAGAAUCCUAAUACGAAAAUCUCCACUCAUAGAUAUAUAUUAUGUUCAAGAGAAGGACAACCACGAGUCACAGAAUCUGACCCCAAUGCUCCAUCCAAAAAUGCUCCAACCAUAUAUGAUAAAUCCAAGAAACAACAUAGACGAAGCCGAUUCACAGUUUCCGGGUGUCGUGCGCGUAUUAAAGUGAGGUUUGAUCGUGCUACCGAACAAUACAAAAUAUAUGGUUUCAUCGCCGCGCACAACCAUUGCAUGAUUGGUAGCGAUCACGCCAACAUGUUAAAACAAAACAGGAAACUUGGAUUUGAGGAGCAACAAUUCAUUCACAAAGUUAGUCUUAACAAAAUUGGCCCAACUGUUGCUCGUAACAUUCAAGCAUCACUUAAAGGCGGACCUCAAAAUGUUCGUGGCACAACAGAAGAUUUCAAAAAUUGCUCUAGAGACAUACGUGCAUUCAUCGGUGAACGCGAUGCAGACAUCCUCUUACAUACCAUGAGAUCUCGAGUUACCAAUCUUAAUGAUUUCUAUUUUGAUUGUGUCAUAGUUGACAAUGAGUUGCGAUCUUUCUUUUGGGCUGAUUUCGUAUCAUUACGAAAUUAUGAGGCUUUCGGUGAUGUGUGUGCAUUUGACGCUACAUAUGACACCAACAAAUACAAAAUGAUUUUUGUGCCAUUCACCGGAGUUGAUCACCACAAAAAAUGUGUUAUCUUUGGCGCGGGCAUGUUAUACGAUGAGACUAUAGAGUCGUAUACAUGGUUACUAAACACCUUUCUGGCUGCACAUAAGAAACAACCAAUCUUUGUUCUCACUGACCAAGACGCAUCAAUGAAACAAGCUGUAUCAACCGUUUUCACAAACUCCAUCCAUCGUUUGUGCAUGUGGCACAUAAUGAGAAAACUUCCGUCCAAGAUUUCAAAUGACAUCCUUGAUAACACCACUCUUCGUUCGUCAAUACAUAAGCUGGUGUGGAAUUUAUUCAUCACACCACAAACAUUUGAAGAAAGAUGGCACGUGUUAAUGGACGAAUAUCACCUAGACAAUCAUCCGUGGCUUUGUGAGAUGUUUGCUAUACGCCACGAAUGGGUCCCGUGUUAUUUCAGAGAGAUACCGAUUAUCGAUGCUCAACGGCAUACACAACGAGAUCUCGAAUUUAAAAGCGACAUGUCGACCCCUCGCUUAUCUACCGGUCUUCGCAUAGAGGCACACGCGUCCGAAACAUAUACAUGGUCUAUGUUUCUUGAAGUUCGAAAAGAAAUAUAUAUGGGCAUGUUCCAUUGUAUGCCAAUUGAACGUCCUGGAACGACCGAUGUAAAAAAUUACACUGUUCGUCACUGCAAAUCAAACAUGUCUUAUGUCAAUGAAUUCGAGGUGUCGCUCAAUGUACCUGAACAAACUGUAAGCUGUACAUGUCUUGGGUUCACUCGUAUUGGAUACCUAUGCCGACAUGUAUUCUGUAUAUUCCGUUACCACCAAAUUGAACGGAUACCGUCCCACUACAUCAUUCCACGGUGGAAACGAGAUGCGCUCCCGUCGGUUGUUCAUAGCGUAUCUAACAUAUACUCAUCUAACAACAGCGAGUUUGCUAUCAUCCAUAAUGAAAUAAUGGAUUUAGUCACUCAAUGCACAACCCGACUCAGACGCAAUCCUGAUCAGCUACGUUCCUUAUCUUCUGAGAUCAAACGCAUCAGAAACCGCGUAUUUGAAUCGUUCCCGUGUGAGCCUCAACCUCGUUCCGUUCAAAAAACUGCAAACAUUAGUGACAUCUUAAACAUACCUUCAAAUCUAAGCAAAAGUGUUGAUCCUCCGCAAGGUAUUAGAAACAAAGGUUGUGGGACCAAAAAACAACGGAUCGGCCCCGGUGGUCAAAACAUUAAAGAUAAACGAAAGAAAGCUGGUAAACGACAAAAAGCCGCCCGCUUAUGCAACAAAUGCAACAAGUAUGUAUUUGACCAUGAUUCUCGCAACUGCGAGAAAAUCAAAGCUGCCAAACUUGCUGCACGAGCAGCUAAACGUGCUUCUGCUAUCGCCGCUGGACUACCCGCCUCGUCUGAUUCUGAUUCUGAUGAUACUGAUGUUGAUCUCGAUGACACCGAUGAUGACACCAAUGAUGACAUCGAUGAGUAUAAUUCUUCUGAUUACGAUGCAUCUGAAUACCCCGUCUCUAUGCAAAAAGCUCCCGUACCCGAGCGAACACAUGUUGGACGUGAACCUGAACAGUCUUUUGAGCCUGAUCAAAACCUUAGGCGUUCAACUAGACGUCGCAAACCAUCCAACAUAGCUCGUGAUUCUUGA